AUGAAAUCAUAUGAACGUAUGUAUUAUUCCAUAGGAGUUUCCUGUGCUGUUGCACUUGCAGUUUUUGCAUGGAGAGUGCUGAACUGCAUGUGGCUGAGGCCCAAAAAGCUAGAGAAGCGCCUAAGAAACCUAGGCCUUAAUGGAAAUUCUUAUAGACUAGUGUGUGGAGACUUCAAAGACAUUGCAGUGAUGCUGAAAGAAGCUAACUCCAAGCCUAUCAACCUUUCUGAUGACAUCGUGCCACGAGUCAUACCUUUCUUCAUUGAAAUCAUCAAGAAAUACGGUAGGAAUUCCUUUGUAUGGUUGGGGCUGAAUCCCUCAGUGGUCAUCCUAGACCCUGUACUUAUGAGGGAAAUCUUGCUGAAGAACUAUAUCUUUAAGAAGCCUCGUCCUCAUCCAAUUGUCAAAUUGUUGGCACAAGGUGUCAUUUUCUCAGAGGGUGAUAAAUGGGCCAAAGACCGAAAAAUCAUAAGUUCUGCUUUCCAUUUACAGAAGCUGAAGCAUAUGCUGCCAGCAUUUUACUCAAGUGCCAGCGAGAUGUUGAGUAAAUGGGAGGAAAGAGUUUCACCAGAAGGAUCAUGCGAAUUGGAUGUUUGGCCUUACCUUCAAACUUUAGGUGCUGAUUCGAUUUCUCGUACAGCAUUUGGUAGCAAUUACGAAGAAGGGAGAAGGAUAUUUGAACUCCAAAUGGAACAGGCACAGUAUGCCGUCAGGGCCACGCGAUCAGUAUAUUUCCCAGGAUUGAGGUUUUUGCCAACUAGAAGGAACAAAAGAAUGAAGGAUAUUGAAAAAGAAAUUCAAGCUAAAAUCAGAGAUAUCAUUAACAAAAGGGUAAAGGCAUUAAAAGCAGGGGAAACCAGUAACGAUGACUUGUUAGGCAUUAUGCUAGAAUCCAAUUUUAAAGAAAUUGAUCAACAUGGAGACAAGAGCUUUGGUAUGACCAUGCAAGAUGUGAUUGAUGAGUGCAAACUCUUCUAUUUUGCUGGACAAGAGAGCUCUUCUACUUUGCUUGUAUGGACAUUGGUGUUGCUAGGUAGACACCGAGAAUGGCAGUCGAAAGCUAGAGACGAGGUUUCGCAAGUCUUUGGGAGAAACAAACCACACUUUGAAGGGCUUAAUCACCUGAAAAUAGUGACUAUGAUCUUGAAUGAAGUUCUAAGGCUAUAUCCUCCAGCAGUUGCACUGAAUAGAAGAGUCCACCAAGAAACUAAAGUGGGAAAAUUGUCUUUGCCAGCCGGGGUGAUGCUGUGGUUACCAGUGAUCUUGCUGCAUCAUGACCGCGAAAUAUGGGGAGAUGAUGUAAAGGAAUUCAAGCCAGAAAGAUUUAGUGAAGGAGUGUCAAAGGCAGCAAAAGGCCAAAGCCAAGCUCCAUUUUUCCCUUUUGGCUGGGGGCCUAGAAUAUGUCUCGGACAAAAUUUUGCUAUGUUAGAAGCAAAAUUGGCGCUAUCAAUGAUUCUACAACACUUCUCUUUUCAACUUUCACCAUCCUAUGUUCAUGCUCCUUACACAGUAUUUACACUUCAACCUCAGCAUGGUGCUCUUUUGGUAUUGCACAAAUUAUAGUCAGCUGAAGUAGUUUCCAUUUGCUUUUCCUUGGUUCUGUUUUGCUCUUUUUUUGAGUGAGAAAUGUGAUUUUGUUAUCCAUUCCUUGCUGCUAGGCAGUCCAACCUUAUGACUACUUUGGUUUGGAGAGAAAA